AUGGAAGAGGAUGAUGGAGCUAUGUGUGGCAAAUUUUUAGGGAGUCUGUACAGUAGUUCAGUGGUCAGGGCCGCCAAGAGAGGAAACUGUAACAGGGUCAAAGGAAUCUGGGAGCCCACUGAUAUUAGAAUUAACACACUGAACCUUGAGACGGUUAUGUCGUGGAGAGCUCCUGUUAUCAAAAACAAUACACACACCGUAUAUUAUCAAGUUGAAAGUAAAAACUAUGGAAGCUGGGAUGCCGAAGAUGCCUGCCAGCAUAUCUUAAAAACGUUUUGCGCUAUGGAAAAAAUGAAGGAAUCAGAUUUUAUUGCAAUGGGCUUUCCAAUCUACGCCAGAGUUCGAGCAAGCUUAGCUAAUGUAACAAGUAACUGGGUCGAGACACGUCGUCAACACAGACCCUCAGAAGAAGGUAAAAUUGAUGCACCUUUGAUAAAUAACAUCAGCAUGCUAAACAACGAUACGUUGAUUCUCGACCUAUCUUUUCCCGAAACACCUUACAAGGCUGGCACCCAUAGGUUGCGUGCAGACGAUAGUAAAUUGAAUUUGGGCGUUCAAGUAAACGUACGAAUCGAGAAAUUAAAGGUGAAUAAAAUAAUUUCAAAGCCUAGUUACAGGAUUUCAAACGUUCAUCUCCAACAAAAUACAGUCUAUACAGUGAGUGUAUUGUCAGUAGUGAGAGGAGGAUCAAGCCCUGUUCCUAAUAUAAAGAGGUUUGAGAAGAAAGGUGAAAACAUUUAUAUUCUUGAAGAAAUACCAACUUCCACUUCACCUGAUGAGGCCACAAAGUCAAUAAAGCCAACUACUGAAUUCAAGUUUAAAGGUGACGGGUCAACAAGGUUUUAA